UUUCUUUUUUCUGUCCCGGAUUUAAGUCAUCUCUUCCUUUUCUAUCACACCCCAGGCCUCAUUUUCCCAUUUGAACUCGGUGGCUUUAAAGUAUGACCUAUGGCCAGGGUCUCUUCCAGCUCCUUACCCUGCCCCCACCAGAGGUUUCCCACUCUCCCCAGCUGCUGACCCAACCUGCUCCCCUAGAGGAAGCUGCAUCUCAGGGCCAGGAACUGGAGCUAGUGUGUGUUGGGGGUGGUGAGGGUGGGUCCAUGUGGUCCAGUCUCCUUUCACUGGUUCUGUCCUGCUUCCCUGCAAUGGCCGGGUGGUCUGCAGGCCUUGGGUCUGAGCUCUUAUUUCUCCUACGUGCCUCUCCUCACAUCCCUCCCCCACCCCCGGCCGUUUUUGCCUUUUCUUCCCCGGACUUGCAGAAAAGGGUCCAGCAUGGUUAGAGUGUGCAUGAGGGAGAAGUAGAGAGACCUUCCCUGGUUCUAGGGUACAAUGGGGGGCCCCGGAGAGGAGCAGCGGGCUGAGGAGCCACAGAUGACUGGGAUUUCCCUCUCUGGCCCCUGGGAAUCUGGGCUCCAAGCAGCACAUUCCAGCCGGCUCCAGCUCCUUUUCUGCUGUCACUUGACUCCGCUGGGCCCCAGCCCUGCGUCCCUCCUACUCCUCCAGCCCUGGUCUGGGACGAGGUGGGCAUCACCGACUAGGAAUGUUUCCUGGGAGAAUGAGAAAGGGUCAAAGGCUUCAAGACUCUAGUUUCUUCCACACCUUUCAUGGACCUUUCAUGGGGCUGUUUGAGUCUGGGCCGUGGAAUGUCCCACAGGGUGUGAGGAGCUGAAGCUUCGCUCGUCCGGGUCUUCCCCAGAGCGGCCCUCCUGGGAGGAGGGGCUGUCACCAGCGCAGAGAUGCUGUCCCCUCCUCCAUAGGCCAGAGGGAUCAGGAGCGAUGGGGACAGGGACCCUCUCAUCUCUCCUGCUGCUGCUACUCUUGGUGACAAUUGGAGAUGCUGACAUGAAGGGACAUUUUGACCCAGCCAAGUGCCGCUAUGCCCUGGGCAUGCAGGACCGCACCAUUCCAGACAGCGAUAUCUCUGUGUCCAGCUCCUGGUCGGACUCUACCGCCGCCCGCCACAGCAGGCUGGAAAGCAGUGAUGGAGAUGGGGCUUGGUGCCCUGCAGGGCCUGUGUUCCCCAAAGAAGAGGAGUACCUGCAGGUGGACCUUCGUAGGCUACACCUGGUGGCUCUGGUGGGCACCCAGGGCCGCCAUGCUGGGGGUCUGGGCAAAGAGUUCUCCCGAAGCUACCGGUUGCGUUACUCCCGAGAUGGCCGACGAUGGAUGGACUGGAAAGACAGAUGGGGUCAGGAGGUGAUUUCGGGUAACGAGGAUCCUGGGGGAGUGGUGCUGAAGGAUCUCGGGCCCCCCAUGGUGGCCCGGCUGGUCCGUUUCUACCCCAGGGCUGACCGGGUCAUGAGUGUCUGUCUUCGGGUGGAGCUCUAUGGCUGCCUCUGGCGGGACGGACUCUUGUCCUAUACAGCCCCCGUGGGGCAGACCAUGCAAUUAUCUGAGAUGGUGUAUCUCAAUGAUUCCACUUACGAUGGAUAUACUGCUGGAGGGCUGCAGUACGGUGGUCUGGGCCAACUGGCAGACGGCGUGGUGGGGCUGGAUGAUUUCAGGCAGAGCCAGGAGCUGCGGGUUUGGCCAGGCUAUGACUAUGUGGGAUGGAGCAACCAUAGCUUCCCCAGCGGCUACGUGGAGAUGGAGUUUGAGUUUGACCGGCUGAGGUCUUUCCAGACCAUGCAGGUCCACUGUAACAACAUGCACACUCUGGGAGCCCGCCUCCCAGGCGGGGUGGAAUGCCGGUUUAAAAGGGGUCCGGCCAUGGCCUGGGAAGGAGAGCCUGUACGCCAUGCCCUGGGGGGUAGCCUUGGAGACCCCAGAGCCAGGGCCAUCUCGGUGCCCCUGGGUGGUCACGUGGGCCGCUUCCUGCAGUGCAGAUUCCUCUUUGCAGGACCCUGGUUACUCUUCAGUGAGAUCUCUUUCAUCUCGGAUGUGGUGAACGACUCGUCUGACACCUUCCCACCAGCCCCCUGGUGGCCGCCUGGCCCGCCUCCCACCAACUUCAGCAGCUUGGAGCUGGAGCCCCGGGGUCAACAGCCUGUGGCCAAGGCGGAGGGGAGCCCAACUGCCAUCCUCAUUGGCUGCCUGGUGGCCAUCAUCCUUCUCCUCCUCCUUAUCAUUGCCCUGAUGCUCUGGAGGCUGCACUGGCGCCGGCUGCUCAGCAAGGCAGAGCGCCGGGUGUUGGAGGAGGAGCUGACGGUUCACCUCUCUGUCCCUGGGGACACCAUCCUCAUCAACAACCGCCCAGGGCCCCGAGAGCCACCCCCUUACCAGGAACCCCGGCCUCGGGGGACUCCAACUCACUCUGCGCCCUGCGUCCCCAAUGGCUCUGCGUUGCUGCUCUCCAAUCCGGCCUACCGCCUCCUUCUGGCCACUUACGCCCGUCCCCCUCGAGGCCCGGGCCCCCCCACACCCGCCUGGGCCAAACCCACCAACACCCAGGCCUGCAGUGGGGACUACAUGGAGCCCGAGAAGCCGGGCGCCCCACUUCUACCCCCACCUCCCCAGAACAGCGUCCCCCAUUACGCCGAGGCUGACAUUGUCACCCUGCAGGGCGUCACAGGGGGCAACACCUACGCUGUUCCCGCACUGCCCCCAGGGGCGGUUGGGGAUGGGCCCCCCAGAGUGGAUUUCCCUCGGUCACGGCUCCGUUUCAAGGAGAAGCUCGGCGAGGGCCAAUUUGGGGAGGUACAUCUCUGUGAAGUAGAGGACCCUCAAGAUCUGGUCACUAGUGACUUCCCUAUCAGUGUGCAAAAGGGACACCCCUUGCUGGUGGCAGUGAAGAUCCUCCGGCCAGAUGCCACCAAAAAUGCCAGGAAUGACUUCCUGAAGGAGGUAAAGAUCAUGUCACGGCUGAAGGACCCAAACAUCAUCCGGCUCCUGGGUGUGUGUGUGCAGGAUGACCCUCUCUGCAUGAUUACAGACUACAUGGAGAACGGUGACCUGAACCAAUUCCUCAGUGCCCACCAGCUGGAGAACAAGGUCACUCAGGGGCUUCCUGGGGACAGAGAGUCUGACCAGGGGCCCACAAUCAGCUACCCUAUGCUGUUACACGUGGGGGCCCAGAUCGCCUCUGGCAUGCGAUAUCUGGCCACCCUUAACUUUGUGCAUCGGGACCUGGCCACCCGGAACUGCUUGGUUGGGGAAAAUUUCACCAUCAAAAUCGCCGACUUUGGCAUGAGCCGGAAUCUCUACGCUGGGGAUUAUUACCGUGUACAGGGCCGGGCAGUGCUGCCCAUCAGGUGGAUGGCCUGGGAGUGUAUCCUCAUGGGGAAGUUCACAACAGCCAGUGAUGUGUGGGCCUUCGGAGUGACCCUGUGGGAGGUGCUUAUGCUCUGCAGGUCACAGCCCUUCGGGCAACUCACAGACGAGCAGGUCAUCGAGAACGCCGGCGAGUUCUUCAGGGACCAGGGCCGGCAGGUAUACUUAUCCAGGCCACCCGCCUGCCCGCAGACCUUGUAUGAGCUGAUGCUCCGGUGUUGGAGCCGGGAGCCGGAGCAGCGGCCGCCCUUCUCCCAGCUUCAUCGGUUCCUGGCGGAUGAUGCACUCAACACAGUGUAAACUAAGGACCUGGCAGCCCUUUUUCACUGGGAGCCAUCCAGGGGAAGCUGGACACUAAAACCAGAGAAGCCUAUGGCACCCCGCCCACCAUCUCCCCGACUUGCCCAUUCCCAAGAGGCAGUGUCUCUGCAGGUGGGCUGGGCCCGCCCAGGGAACCGAAGACUCUGUUACCAGAUACGUGCUCCCUUCCUGUUCUUCCUCCCACCUGCCAAGCUCCACCCACCCAGCUGGCCCUGUGGUUGGGAUCCUGCCUGACUUCUUCCAGCUAUCCCCUAGGGAAAGACAGGGGCGAAUGCUGGGCACACACUGGACAAGGCCCACUGGACAACACUGGUUCCUGGGAGGUGACGGUACCCCCCAGCUUCUUCUUGUCACACACUGGACACCGCCAGAAUUGAGGGGGACGAGGGGGACAAGGAAGGCCAACCCUCUACAAUGGUCCUCAGCCCUGGCUUCCUUCUGCACCCUCCGCCUCUGACACACUGGACCUGGGGGUGACCCCUGCUGUGAUCCUCAGUCAAACACCCCUCCUUCCUACCUACCACCAUGUUGCCGCUAGAACUUCCGCAAAGCCUCUGCGUUCCUGUGGAGUAAAUAUUAGGAUGGGGAACAGAUGGAGCAGUAGCCCGAGGCCGGGGGGUGGGGAUUUCUCUUGUAGCUACCACAUUGGUUUUUCUAUAAUCACGUGGGGUUUGUACAUUUUUUGGGGGGAGAGACACAGAUUUUUACACUAAUAUAUGGACCUAGCUCGAGGCAGUUUUAAUCUCCUGCUCUAGGCAGGUAAUAAUAAAAGUUGAGUUUUUUGUUUUUUUUUUUCCACA